AGAUAACAGGGUCCAAGGUUCAAUUCUUCUAAACCGUUUACAGUAGUCUAAAGACAGCCUGAGGCAGACGCUGCGUCAGUAAAAUGAUCAUUGCAUCUUGAGAUUCGGCCGAGAUGUACACCAAUGGGAUGGAUUUUUAUUUGGGAGGCGCACGCAACCUGCGGGCAGUGUCUGCGCCCACCCAGUACCAUGGUGCAGUCAGUGUGAGCCACGGGGCAGUCGUCGGCAAUAGUGCCAUGAUGGAUGUCAGCAACUCCAGCACUGGCAGCGCGAUCGACAUGAAGAUGGAGCCGUCCAGCCCCACGGAACGCGAGCUGCGCUACCCGUUCUCCCGGAGUAGCAGUGCGGGCUCCAUACACACAUUAUCAUCCUCCAACCACAAUUCUGACGAGGAAGACGACAGUGACGGUGGAGGCACGGGCAGCAGCAGGGGGAGCAGCAUGGGGAACGCACUGAGCUACAAGGAGCGCCGCCGUGAGGCCCACACCCAGGCAGAGCAGAAGAGGCGGGAUGCCAUCAAGAAGGGUUACGAUGCGCUGCAGUCGCUGGUUCCGACGUGCCAGCAGCCCGAGACAUCUGGCUACAAGCUGAGCAAGGCCACCGUCCUCCAGAAGUCCAUAGACUACAUAGAGUUCCUGCUGCAGCAGAAGAAGAAGCAGGAGGAGGAGCGCAACAGCCUGCGCAAGGAGGUGACGGCUCUGCGCAUCAUGCAGGCCAACUACGAGCAGAUUGUGAAGGCGCAGCAGAGCCAGCCAGGGCAGGCUGUGCAGCGCGUCUCGGAUGAGACCAAGUUCCGCGUGUUUCAGGCUGUGAUGGAUCAACUCUUCCAAUCAUUCAGCAACAUCUCUGUGUCAAAUUUCACUGAACUGUCAGCUUGUGUCUUCAGCUGGUUGGAGGAACAUUGUAAGCCACAGACGCUGCACGAUGUGGUGCUGGGUGUCUUGCAGCAGCUCAACUCGCAGUUGGCUCUCCAGGGUGGCGGCGCCAGAGUCUGAGGUCUGCAAUAUCGCUGCCAGUCGAACCGUGUCACGUGCCUGUCCGGUCCAGAGGUGGCCUGGGAGGAGAGGAGCAGCGUGCCCGUAACACUUCCUCGCUGUGGUGUCCGUAGGGUGUCCGCUUCCCUCCGGCUCGUCUGGUGGUCUCACGUGGAGUAGCAGUCGUGGUGUGGAGUGCUCUCGUCACGUUCCACACCUUGCCAUGGCCGGAAUCUCUUGUGACAUCAGUCUCUGCGACUGGGG